AUGUUUACACCAGCAAGAACGCCUGUGUCGAAUUCGGAGCUGCUACAUACAAAUGCGGCUAUGCUGUCUCGAACAUCGCUCUUCAUCGUCGCCCAUGUUGACGUUCACGUUUCGAGAUCGGACCGCCAGCAAACAAGGUUCAAGAACUUCGAGCCCCAAGGCUUCUUCGUCUACUUCGCCUUUGUCUUGUAUCUAGCCCUCUGGAUAUGCUACCGCAUCGUCAUCGACCCAAUGUUCAGACCACAUGUUGUGUACAGCGACGAGAGGCCCCCAUAUCCAACAAUAAUACAUGACGCAUCGCAGAUACUGAGGCUCAUCACAGCAGCCCAAAUGUGCUUCUACACAUCUUUGCUCAGCUUACUGAACGUCUACCAUAGAAUAUGGUGGGGCAUCAUUGCUGCGGUCAUACUCCCUUGGGUUGGCAGCGUACUGAGCAGCAUCUUCACAUGCAGCGACCUGAAUGCCAAGUUUAAUCAAGGCAGAUGUGGUGGCACAUCAAACGAGGUACAAAUGGUUAUCUUCUGUCUUUACUUUGCUGACUCUGUCGAUGUUCUGACCGACCUCAUAGCGACGAUGCCAGAACCGAAGUGGGUGCUAUUAUGGAACGUUCUUGAGACGUCCAUGGCCGUCAUUAUAGGCAGCUCUCCUGCCUUUGUCGUCCUGAUCCGCAAACAUCUGGAGACCUGCAAUACCUCCUAUAACGCUCGAGGAUACCGAAACCAAGCCUCCGGAUCGGGAGAGGCGAACAUGAACAGCUUACACGGCAGUCCUGCUCGACCUAGGCAAGGCAGCAGGAAUCCGUUUUGGGAUGACGGGCACUGCAGUCAUGAAGAACUUGCGAAGAGCGAUGGCGGUGCCCUGGUGACAACAACAGUACAUCAGGAAAGUGUACGAAUAAGUCGAGGCUGGUCAAUACGACAAAACACUUGA